AAAGGUCUGGGGUGGUUCAUUUCGCGUGGUAUCCGCGUAUUAUAUGUCUCUUUCUGAAUAUUGCCGCUUAUUUCUAUACCUUUCUCCCCAGACCCACAACCAUUACCCUUCUCAUCUCUUUCAAUUCUUCUCAUAUUUACAUACGCAUUCUCAGGCAUAGCUGCACAAUUGGAGGGAUACUAUCUGUUCUACUUCACAAGUUUCAAAAGAUUUGAAUUGUGCAAUUCUCAACCUGGCACAAUUUAUCUUCAUUGGGAAUAAAUAUGGUGAAGCUUCUGGAGAAAAAUUGCUGAGUUUUUCACUCUGGCCGACCCUCUACCAGUAAAAUCGUUUGCCUCUUUGAAAUGGGCUAGGGCUAAAACAAGAGAACACCACCUCCGAAAUUCACUUCCGUAUUUCCAUUCAUCGGAUUGUAAUCUGUCGUUGCUUUGGCGACUACCCGUUGAUUAUGGCUAAUGAUCGCCAUCCAAUCUGAUUUCCAGUAUUUAAAACUGUUCUUUCCAUAGUCUGCAUAGAGCCCUGUUUUCUUGGAUUUAAGAGCUUUAAUUGAAUUUAAAGUUUCUCAGAAUUUUCAGCUACUAAGGAAAAUUUGGAGUGAGAUUGAUACUGAGAAUGGCGUCUCUUAACUGUUUUUGUUCUUCAUGGAGGAAAAAGAAAGAUAAGAAGGAAAAGGAAGUCAACACCUUGCACGUGAAGCUCGAGCAUCUUAACAAAACUUCUGAAAGUUCCGAGUUGAAAUCAGCUUCUUUUAGUGUUCCGGUUCCUCUCCAUAUUCCAAGGAGUUCUAGGUGCACGGUGAAGGUAAUGAAUCACGAGAGUCCGGUUGGAGGUGAUGGUGAAGAGAUAGACUACGAAGGGGGAGAUGAGCAUGAUGAGAAUUUGUCGAUGAAGAGAGAUAACUCAGAUUUUGAUCUACAAGCUCAUGUUGAAAACUCGAAUGAAGAAAAAUAUCAAACUUUUGAAGGGAUGACUAUAAAUCAUGAGUACCCAAAGGAGGUAGAUGAAGAUUCUAAGGCUGGCAUUGAGGUGAUUAGAAGUGGACAUGUUAGUGAUCCCGGCAUUGGGAAGACGGAAUUUUGGGCUUCUCCAAUGCUUAAGCGCUCGUGCUCUGAUAUGUUGAUAAGGAAUGUGAAUUAUGUACUUGAUGAACAGGUGCCUCUUUCUAAAUCCAAAUCUUUCGAGGAAAUACUAAGUUUAGCAGAAAGGUUCCAGGACGAAAUUCUGGAUUAUCCUCCAACUCCCGUUUCUGUUAUGACUCAACAUAGCGCCGACAAAGUGAUGUUGAAGAAGCACUCUUCGAGUCAAAUACUUCCCUCCAGAAGUCGAAAAUUGUGGUGGAAAUUGUUCCUCUGGAGCCACAGGAACCUCCAUAGAAACAGGACUACAAAACCACGGCCAGUUGCAGUUAAGCCAACCCUCAACCAACAAGGUGGCUACUGUUCAGACACCAUAGAGCCAAGAAAAGCUGAAAAGUUUAGUAAGGAAAACAAGGGUAAAGACAUCCUUAACAUAGACAACCAAAGCUGGGACGGAUUUUAUGGAGUUUCUGGAAUGUGGCCUCAAAACCAGUGGGUUGCUUUUCCUACAGAAUCGUCUCCAUUUGAAAGAAUCGACAAGUGGGUGAAAGAAGUUUCAGUGCAGCCUCCAUUUGAAGUCAACAAGGGUGAUCACACUGAAGAUAGCAUUUUCUUCCCUCCCUCUCCAGAGAAUAAUAGAUCACCAGCAACUCGGAGUCCAGCUGCAAUGAUUCCCGAGGAGAUUACAUACGCCAACAGCGUUGUCCAGUCUCUGAAUUCUUCAUCGACUGUGGCACAUAUUACAGGCAUUGGACUGAAAGUUAUACCAUCCGUUUCUCAUUUUUCUAUCCUUCGAUCAGUCAACUUGUCAUCCAAUUCCAUAGGUCAUAUUACUCCAGGAUCUCUGCCAAAGGGUCUUCACAUUCUUAAACUGUCCAAGAACAACAUAAGCACGAUCGAAGGUCUGAGAGAAUUAACUCGACUCCGCGUUCUUGACCUCAGUUACAACAGAAUUUCUAGAAUUGGUCAAGGGUUGUCAAAUUGUAUGCUUAUAAAGGAGCUCUAUCUUGCUGGCAACAAAAUAAGUAAUGUUGAGGGUCUGCAUAGGCUUCUGAAGCUGACCGUAUUGGACUUGAGCUUCAACAAAAUAACCACAACAAAAGCAUUUGGUCAGCUUUUGGCGAACUCCAAUUCUCUGGUAGCUCUAAAUCUAUUAGGCAAUCCUGUUCACAACAAUAUUGGUGAUGAUCAAUUGCGUAAGACCAUAUGCAGUCUUCUCCCAAAACUGGUUUUCCUCAACAAGCAGACUAUAAAUCCACACAAGCUACGAGAGGUAGGCUCGGAGGCAAUUGCUAAAGCUGCACUUGGGAAUAGCAUCCGGAGCACCCGAGGAAAAGCGGUGAAGAGGGUGAGUCAAGGGGGUUCGUCGUCCUCCACUCUGCGCAGGAGCAGUGCAACUGCAACUGCUACUCGCCAGAGCAGGCAUGGCGCAAAAAGCCGUUCUAAUCAUCACACUUCUCUGACGGAAAAGUCAUUUGCUUUUUCUUCCCGUUAGAACUCCCAGUUUUUGGGGCGCUGGCUUGAAAGCCAGUUUCUUUGCUUGUUGUAUUCUGAAUUUUUAAUUGUAAACCAGCAGUUCUUGAUUUGGUAUUCACAUUUCAGUUUCCAUCUAUUGUCCAUGGUUUCCAGGUUGUAAUAAGCAUACGAUGUUUUGCCAACCAUAAGCAAUGAGUUCAUUAUGACGUUA